AUGACAUCUCCAAGCACAAGCAACAAUCAUCGAUGCUUAAACCUAAUAUCAAAAUGCAAAACCCUAGAAAACCUCAAGCAAAUCCAUGCCCAAUUCCUCACAAUCGGCCUCUCUCACCACACAUUUCCUCUCAGUAAGCUCCUUCUCUUAUCCUCCACCGUCUGCUUAUCCUACGCACUCUCAAUCUUCCGCAGAAUCGCGAACCCUUCCGUCUUCCUCUACAACACUCUCAUCUCCUCUAUCGUCUCCAAUCACCAAUCUUCUCAAACCCAUCUCGCGUUUUCUCUAUACGCUCAGAUUUUUAGAUCCGUCUCUGUCAGACCCAACGAGUUUACUUACCCUUCUCUCUUCAAAGCCUCUGGCUUUGACACACGGUGGCAUCGCCAUGGCAGAGCUCUUCAUGCCCAUGUGUUGAAACUCAUCGAACCGGUUAAUCAUGAUCGGUUUGUGCAAGCUGCUUUGGUUGGGUUCUACGCUAAUUGCGGGAAACUGAGAGCAGCUAGAUCUCUGUUCGAUCGGAUUAAAGGACCUGAUUUGGCUACUUGGAACACCCUUAUCGCUGCGUACGCGAAUUCCGGCGACGGAGAGAGCGAGAGUGGUCUCUGUUUAUCGGAGGAGGCUUUGAGAUUGUUUGUUGAUAUGCAUAGAAGCUCGCUUGUGAGGCCUAACGAGGUUUCUCUCGUAGCUUUGAUCAAAUCUUGUGCGAAUUUGGGUGAGUUUCGUGGAGGAGUAUGGGCUCAUGUGUAUCUCUUGAAGAAUAAUCUGACUCUUAACCAGUUUGUUGGAACUUCGCUUAUCGAUUUCUACUCAAAAUGCGGAUGUUUGAGUUUCGCGCGCCAAAUGUUCGACGAAAUGCGUGACAGAGACGCAUCUUGUUAUAAUGCCAUGAUUCGAGGUUUAGCAGUUCACGGGUUUGGCAAAGAAGCUAUUAAAUUGUACAGGAGCUUGAUCUCUCAAGGAUUGAUCCCGGACGAAGCGACUUUUGUGGUGACGAUAUCGGCAUGUUCGCACUCCGGUUUAGUCGAGGAUGGUCUUCAGAUUUUCCACUCGAUGAAAGCGGUUUAUGGGAUCGAGCCUAAAGUUGAGCAUUACGGGUGUUUAGUUGAUCUACUGGGUCGAUCCGGGAGGUUGGAAGAAGCUGAAGAUUUCAUCGAGAACAUGCCAAUGAAGCCGAAUGCGAUGUUGUGGAGAUCGUUUCUUGGGUCAGCUCAAAUCCACAAUGAUUUGGAGAGGGGUGAAACUGCGCUAAAACAUUUGUUGGGGCUAGAAACGGAAAACAGUGGAAAUUAUGUGCUUUUGUCGAAUAUUUAUGCUGGAGUUAACCGUUGGGGUGAUGUAGAGAAGACCCGGGAACUUAUGAAAGACCACCGUGUUAGUAAAUCUCAGGGGAUUAGUACUAGUUAA